UUGGCAAAGGUGACAGCGGAACUACACCGCAUCUUCUCUCUGCUGCUCAGGACAUGCUCAGAGGCUGAAUGCAGCUGCAUCAAACCGUCCUGUAGCUUCCAGUUACGUCUCUAUUAUCUGUUAAACUUAUUAUUCUGUAUCCUGUAGGAAACCAUCCAGAAACUUCCACUGCGGGAGAAAAUGAACGGAAGCGAGCUGAGCAGUUUUGAUUUUGAGCGACGUUUCGAUGAAACUCAGGCUCUGGAAUGGAUGCAGGCGAACUGGAGGACGUCGUUCAUAUUUUGUAGCCUGUAUGCUGCCCUUGUGUUCGGGGGUCGGCUCUUCAUGAGAGAAAGACCAAAACUGCACCUGCGGCGACCUUUGGCCCUGUGGUCGCUCAGCCUCGCCAUUUUCAGUAUUAUAGGAGCCAUCAGGACCGGAACAUAUAUGAUGCAUGUUCUCUCAAGCAGCGGCUUCAAGCAGUCUGUGUGUGACAUCAGUUUCUACAGCGCCCCCAUCACUAAGUUCUGGGCCUACGCUUUUGCUAUUAGCAAGGCUCCUGAGCUGGGAGACACGGCCUUCAUCAUCCUCAGAAAGCAGCGUCUGAUCUUCCUCCACUGGUACCACCACAUCACUGUGCUGAUUUACUCCUGGUUCUCCUACAAGGACCAGGUGGCAGGUGGCGGCUGGUUCAUGACCAUGAACUACAUGGUUCACUCCAUCAUGUACACGUACUAUGCAGCCCGGGCGGCUGGAUUGCAGGUGCCACGGCUAUGCGCCAUGAUCAUCACUGCUGCCCAGAUCUUGCAGAUGGCGAUGGGCCUCACUGUGCUGGGCUUAGUUUACCACUGGAUCCAUGAUGUGCACUGUCCUUCCAACAUGGACAACAUCAUGUGGGGCUCACUCAUGUACUUCAGUUAUCUGGUGCUGUUUGCCUCCUUCUUUUACAACAACUACCUUAAAGAUUCUUCCACACAUCAGAGAUCCAAGACAGAGUAACAUUGCAGAAGUAGUUUACCAGCUGAUUUCUAUCGUUUCUGAAAGCAAGGCUAGACAAAUAGAAUGACAUGGAUUAGGUCAUUAGGAAGGAGACUCAGCUGCAUUCCAGAUUCUUCACUAACAUCUGCUAUGAACACAUGGGGGCAAACAUUUAUUAAAGGUCUUCAGUAAAUGUUUGGGGAUAUGUGAUGUAAUAAAAAUGGCCUUAAUGUAGCUAAAAAUAUUAAUAUGGGGAAUUGAAGCACUUAUUUUAUACUUAAAGGGAAUGUUUUAACCGUUUUUAUUUAUAAAAGCUUGUUAGGAAAAAACCCUAAAGUUAAUUAUUGGGAAGUUUAAGCUUUUCCAGUGAGACCAAAUUAUGUAGAGAUGUCUUAUCCAUUGCGUCCUGUCCUAUUUUAUCUGCCCACUGUCCAAAUGUUUUUUUUUUCUUUACUUAAAUAAAUUGUUAAAGUACACCUAAGUUGCUUCUGAUAAACACAAGUUAAAGGUAUAUUUUGUUUACUUAAAAAUAUCUUAUUUACAUUUCUAUUUCCCAGUUUACUAUAAUCAAAAUUCACACAGAUUUUUGUUGUUUUUCCUCCUCCGUCCUUCCGUGUCUGCAGCUGUUAAAAAUAUGCACGCUGCCUUAAGUGAUUUUCCAGAAAUCUAAACUGACUCUCAACAUAUUGCAUGAUAACUCACAGAGAAGACACAAAUGGUUUUAUAAAGAUGCAAACUUACUUAACUGGCUGUUUUCUCUUUUUUUGUUGUUGUUUUUUUUAAAUGAUAGCUUAGCGAUUUAGAAGAAAUGGUCAGAUCUAACCUCUCAUUGAAAUUGAAUGCAUUUAACAGAAAAGAGACUUUCAAAUUAAGAGUAAGUUGGAAUGAGUUGUAUUUUGGAAGUUGCCAUUUCUCUUAUCCUUUGAAGCCUAAACUAAAACAGAUAAAUAGUAUUUUACAGCCUUAACUUAAGCGAGUCUCUGAAUGUUUUCACUGCCAACCAGCCAGAUCCAUCACAUCAUUGUUGGAACAAACCACUUUUAGGUCAGAGAAAAAUAGGAAUUUGAAGUGACAUAUGAAGCUAAAUCCACUUUUUUAGCUCUUGAAUACAUUUAGUUGUGUACUUUCAGACUGUUGGAGUUAAGAAAAGUUGUGUCUGUUAUUUUGUUUUGUUUUUCACUCCAGGUGCUGCAUAUAUAACUUCAUAUUAUGUUUGGGUCAAUAUUUUCCAUCUGUUUAGCUUUCCCUAUUACCUUUUUUGGUAUUAUAACUUCUCAGUUUUUCCUGCAGAACUUCUAAAAAUUGUAAGUUAUAGAUGACAAUGUUCCAAGAUGAUGCCUCUAAAUGAUUAAUUGUUGGUGGAGAAAAAGGAUUGUGUAAUCCUAUGAUAUUCCCCCUAAAGCCAUUCAACUAAUCUGAGCCAUUUGGGACAUUUUAACAAUUAAACUUAAAGUGGACUUGCUUUAAAAUUAAAUUCUAAAACAUGCUGAUAUAUUAAGGGCACAAGGAUUUAAACCUAGUUCUUCCUUUAAGCAAAGCUUUUUAAAGUUCACGGUGCGUGUCAGAUGAGCAGAGAGAAACAAUAGCGUUUGUUUUUACAGCAGGCUCAUAAUAGAAAAAAAUUGUUUGUUUUUUUUUCAAAUCCUUUGAUAUAUUUGGAAAAUGUUGUUAAAGCUUAAAUUUUACCUGCAAAGCAAUGUUUUCAUAUCGAUGAGAAGUAUUUUUAGUAUUUAAUAUGAAAUGUUGUAAUGACCUCGCAGUUUAUGGAUUUUACAUCUUUUUCUUGUCCCCUCCGAUUUCUUUUUUUUUUUUAUCUAUUUUUCCUUUUGCCCUUCACAAAUUGUCUUUCUCAGAUUACACAUUGUCUGCUGAUGGAAGAAAUAUUUGCUAUAAAUUCCUAGUUAACUUUCAUUUGUUAUACUUUGGAAAGGAGUAGUCAGACAACAGUUAACAUGUUGAAAUAAAAUCAUAAUUUUUUAUGCCAGGGAGUUCCUUUGAACUCAGUUUAAGUGUGAAAAAGAAAACAACUGCAUGAUGGGAACUAAAACCAAAUGAAAGUCAUGUAUUUACUUGCACUAAAUAGGUAUAAUGAAUAGUGAUAUGUAAUAACACUAGUGUUAAGCUGUAGUAGGAUAAACAUGUCUCCCUCUAUGGCUGAAUUUACACAGCAUUUUAUCCCCUGUCUCUUAAUUUAAACUGACGUUUGACAUUUCGCCCUCAUUACUCAGCACUGAAGAACCUCUUUAAAUGGCAUGUGUGUGGGGAAAAAAAGGGAAAUCCAUCAGCUAUGUUUUAAUAUGACUUGAAACAUGUUUGUCUGUUUUAUGGUCAUUUCUGCUGCCCUGUAUUACUG